ACUGGAUGUCGCUGUCGGCCUGAUAACACAUCAACACAUAGUCUCCACACCAGGCUGCUAGUUCCUCUUACAUGGCAGCUGUCAGCGUUGUCUUCAUAGUUCCGAGCAAAUUCAACAAGUGGGAGAAUGACAGCCCACGGAGCUUCGCGUGAUUGUACGGAGACGUGACGGCGCAAAGGGAGGCUUCAAGAUGGAGAAGGAGAGCAAAGUGACACCUGCUGAGCCGACGUUGGAACCAAAGAGGAGAAUCGAGUCAGCAAAGCAACACGCCGGCUCACCUCGUCAUGUUAGCUUUACAAACCAGCACAAGCCAAGAAGCAACCAGUCUGGUCUGAGUCCAUCAAACAUUAAAGGAGCGAUGGCAGGAAAAGGAGGUGAUCAGUCGUGGAGAGAUAGACCGCAGUCAAAGGUGUCGACCAGGAGCAGUGACCCCCGUGUGCAAAACUCAGCGAACGCACCGAGAAGAGGUUUCAGAGACUCAAGACCUUCUCCGCCCUCGGCGAGGAGCCCAAAACCCACUCAGGCCAGUUUGGCUCGUUUCGAGGUGAAGAUAGCUGACUUCCCGGAGCUAGCCGCUGUACCGCUAAGCAGCGCCGGCACGCCGCUGGCUCGCAAAGACCACUGGGGGCCAAAUCUUCCAGCCGAGAGAUGCCAGCUUCCCACAAAGUCCGCAUCACCAGGGAUGACCAUCAGGAAGGAAUCCCCGACUCAGCCUGAUGAUCACAUCCCUGUCAGCUCCUCAAGUCCAGCGGGUCAACCCGGAGUGACGUCAUGGGCUAACGUUGCCUCUCAGCCGCCGAAAAAAAUCUUUGAAGAAAAGGCAGUCAGCAGCAGCCAAGUUCCGACGGAGGACACGUGCACACAGCAAGAGGAGGGAAUGUCGGGGAAGAAAAAGCGAAAGAAAAAGAAGAAGAAAUCAAAAGACACAGAAGCUGAGCCGGAAGGUUUACCAGUUCCACAGGAGCCUCCCAGGUUUGAGGAUGAAGAGGAGUUUCCAGGUUUGUGUCCAGGUCGGACUUGGACUGAUAAAGUGGCAUCCAUCAAAAACACUGAGGACCAGCAAAACGAAACAUCCCCUUUUGCCAAAACACAGGCCACAGAGGCAGCAAAGAAAGGACAGAGAGCUGAGAAGACCUCUGGGAAGAAGAGCAAAGCUCCGGUGCAGCUGGACAUCGGCAACAUGCUGUCCGUCCUGCAAAACAAGCAAAAAUCUCAGAAGGCCAAGCAGAACGUCAUCUCAGUGGGUGGAGGACUUUCUGUCAGCCACAAGCAAGCAGCGCCCCCCAAGAAGGCACCCUGGGAGCAGGACAAAAUAGCCCACAACCCCCUGGACUCCACCAGCCCCUUAGUGAAGAAAGGCAAGCAGAGGGAGGUGCCCAGAGCCAAGAAACCUACUGCUCUUAAGAAGGUCAUCCUCAAAGAAAGAGAGGAGAGGAAGCAGAGACGUUUACUGGAAGAGAGCGGUCUACUGCCUGAAAAUGAGUCCACGGUCAUGCAGGACAUUGCAGAGGAGGAACAGUGCGACACAAGUCUGAAAGAGGAGGACUUGGCUUCUGUUUUGGAAGGUAAUGAUGAGCUCCAAGUAAGCACAAAUGAAACCGAGAGCGAGGAGGCUGCAGAGACAAACCAAGUGGAGGCUGACGAGGAGCAGAGCAUCCAGAGCACUCCCCUUCCAACGCCUGAUAGACCCAAAAUCCACAGCAGGAAGUUCAGAGAGUACUGCAGCCAGAUGCUGAGCAAAGACGUUGACCAGUGCGUGACGUCGCUGCUGAGGGAGCUGGUUCGCUUCCAGGACCGCCUCUACCAGAAGGACCCCAUGAAGGCCCGCAUGAAGAGGCGCCUCGUCAUGGGCCUCCGAGAGGUGCAGAAGCACCUCAAGCUUAGGAAAGUCAAGUGUGUCAUCAUCUCCCCCAACUGUGAGCGUGUCCAGGCUAAAGGAGGUCUGGAUGAGGCUCUUCACAACAUCAUCGACACUUGUCGGGACCAAGAGGUUCCCUUCAUCUUUGCCCUCUCCCGCAAAGCAUUAGGGCGCUGCGUCAACAAGAUGGUGCCCGUCAGUCUGGUGGGCGUCUUCAACUAUGACGGCGCACAGGAUUACUACCAUAAGAUGAUAGAGUUGUCGUCCGAAGCCAGGCGGGCAUACGAGGCCAUGCUGUCGAGUGUGGAGCAGCACGGUCAUGGCGAUCAGGACUCCGACCUUGAGGAGCAGGGCACAACCAAGCUGAGCGAGGCGGAGCAGUCGGAGCCGGAAUCAGAGGAGCCGGGAUACAGACAAUUGUGGAGGAAACUGUUGGAGAAGGAUUGCAACUUUGAGUCGUUGAACUUCCACACGUGGGCUCGCUUCGCCGAGUGUACCGAGCACACUGACGAAGACGAGAAGAGCUGACAGCGGCGAAUGUGCGGUGAGGUCCCCUCAGGUUAAAUGUUAUCAAACAUUUACUGUAGAUCAAAUGAUAUGCAAACUUUCAGGGAUGACCACUUUUGGAUUUUAAGGAUGUCCAACUUUUGACAUUUGACCCCCGGAGGUCUCAUUGCUACAUUUUUGCAGCACAUUUUCAACUACAUCGUCACUGCUAAUCAGCUUGAUAAAGAAGACCUGUGUUUAGAAGAGACUUUCACUUUAACUUCAUAGAACCAAACCAGUCACUCACAGUAAUCCCAUUAAUAUGAAUUUCCUUGUUUGCUUUUGGUUGACUGCAGAAGACAAAAUGUAAUAUUUCUGUUUGAGCUUUAAGAAAUUGUGAUGGAUGUUUUAGUGAUUUGACAACAAGAAGUAAGCUGUGAAAGUACCAUCAGACUGGAUCUAUAGUAGUUUAGUUUUAAUCAAAUGUAUUGUAUUUAUGAUAAUUGGGAAAUCAUAGUAGCUUAAAUACAAUCGUGUUAAAAAAGGUAAAAUAAUUAAAUAUUAAUUACAUGUGAUUACAUAUUUCAUUGAGAGUUUGGAAUACAGGUGAUUUUCUUGUUUUGGUUUUUUUCAAGAAAAGUUAUGAAAGAAUUAUGUUUUUAUGAAGAUGUAGCAUUUAAAAAAUGUUAUAAUGUAUUUGUGUGGUAAAGAUCAAAAUAUGUUUAUUUUCUCAGCGUGUUUGUGAUGAGCGCGGUUUAGAAUGUCUAACUCUUUUGUCGAAUGAAUGGACUGAAAAAGAAACUAGGAAACAGUCUGGCGUUGUGUUUAUUGAAAGUCUAGUUUACCGCCUGUGUUUACGUUUUUCAUUUAAUCUGCACAAAUUGCAAAGACUAAAAAAAUAAGAAG